UGAACCCAUUUACAAACGUUACCAAAGAGUAGAUACGUUAACCAACACACGAAACCAACAAACCCUGCUCAGAAUUCACCCAAUCAGUGGAUAUCCAGACAUCAAUCAAUUCAAAACCUAACGUCGAUGCUUCCGAUAUAAUCAAGCCGGCGCAUCCCGGAUCGGGACUGAUCCCACCUCAAACUCUCGGCGCCCGCCGUCCAUUCACUCCGUUGCUCCACCACCCCGUCAUGCCACGGCCCUGGUUGACAAGACCUUCAGAGGCCAUUAAACAUGUUUGCGAACAGUGGUGGCCGGAAGUCCAUGGACAGCCUCUCCCCGUCAUCACCACAUGGUGCCCGACAUGAAUUUCCAUUUCAUUCUAGACAAGGCUCUACCUCGACGCUCCAACCUAGAAGAGGCUCCUUUGCAGGCUCCAUACACUCUAUAGGCGGAGCUCUAGACUCGUCCCCUGGAUCAUGGGCCAACACUGUCGCCGAGUCUCAACAAAAUGCUAUCUCGACAUUACUACAACCUCCCAUCGUUCGGACCGGGCUUUUACCUCAUACUUCGGCUCCUACCAGCGGCCACCGCAUGCCUACCGCCCGCGAUAUCCAACCUGUUACCUUGACCAACAUAACCCGCGUCGAUCCGGCUGAAUUUCGCCCCUACCUCACGCAGGUUGGUGCUCUAUACGAACAGUUACGACGGGCCAAGGAGAGCGAUGAAGAUCCAAACGAUCAGCAGCGCGGUCGAAACGGCAGCAAGGGAGACGCCUUCGCCCCCGAAGACGAUAACCAUCUACGGCCCAGUACCAAGAGACCCUCGGUCAGCAUGAGGAAAUCAUCAGUAUCAUCAAUUCGAUCCAUUUCAUCCUUGACAUCCCCCAUAGACCCUCCGACUCCAGUCCGCCGUUCGAGUUCCAGUUUCGCGCGUAGGGCAGCCCAGGGCCCGCCGCCCCUCUCUACCAUACCUAAUGUCUACUUUGACGAGGAUUUUCACCUCGAGAACCCACGCACUUUUGAUGUUGUCAGCGAGCGGUCAGAAGUCAUCAGCAAGACUUCGGCCGCGGGCGGCGAGGAGAAGACCAAUGGGAAUGCUGCUGCGCCGAGGAAGGCGCUUGCGACGAAUGCCAUCCUGCAAGAGAAGCUAUCCUGGUAUAUGGACACGGUGGAAAUGCACUUGAUCUCGUCGAUAUCAGCGGCGUCUACCACCUUCUUCACUGCGCUAGGGUCACUCAAGGGAUUACACACCGAGGCGGCCGAGUCGGUUGAUCGGAUCAAGACGUUGAGGCAAGAAUUAGAGGCUCUUGACGUGGAGAUUGUCAGCAGUGGUUUGGAGAUUGUUCAGCAAAGGCGACGACGUGAGAACCUACAACAGCUUCACAGCGCCGUCAUGCAGCUGCGAGACGUCGUUGACGGUGUCGGCAGGUGCGAGGCUCAGGUAGAGGAUGGUAAUGUGGACGAGGCCCUCGAUACACUCGACUCGCUUGAACUGUUGAUUGCCGGCCAAGUUGAGCCUUUUACAGGUUUCAACCGACCUGCGAGGCCCGAGUAUGCGCUCAGGGAUCUAAGCGGUGCGGCUGCACUACAAGGGGUCCACGAUGACAUGAACACGCUUCGUUUCCGGAUAGGCAAGAUCUACGAGGGGAGGUUAAUUGAACUGCUCCUGGGAGACUUGAGAAGACAUGUGGAAACCGUAUCCAAGCAGGAGGUUAUGAUGCGUUGGAGUACAGCCUCGAACCGCGGCAGGACAGGCCACAGCAGGGAACCAUCAGCCUAUCCCUCCUACAUGGCAAAGCAGGAUGAUCUACGUCAGGCUCUUCCCCCUAUAUUGGCAGGUCUGCAACGAGCAAGGCAUCUGUCUGCAGCAACGGCGGCGUAUAGAGAUGUGGCAAUGAGGGAAAUAAGAGCCAUCAUCAGAAAACCAUUACCGAGCUCCAACGAAGAUGACAACGAGUCCAUGAUGUCAUCGUCAACCAUGGGUGGUGCAGGUAGGCAACGGACCCAGCAGCAAAAGUCUUCUGUGCUUGCCAGGAAUCUUCGAAAUCUGGAGAGGGAGGAUGCGGAAGAGCUACUGGUGACGAUAUAUAUCGGUGUCACUGAAACGUUACGACGAACAACUACUCAUGGGAAGCUUCUCCUGGAUGUUGCCAGCACCAUUGGGGAUGAAUCAGCUGGACCCGAUGGUCUCAAAUCACCGCCAAUACGAUCACCUCCUUUCAGUCCUCCACAACGGCGGUCAUGUAUGGCAGGACUGGAGGCCCAGGAAGAGAUCCACAAAGCCCUAGAACUGAAUAAUCUUCUAGGCCAAGCGGUCGACGUGGCACAGGACAAGAUUGUGAAGCUUCUACGCGUACGUGCUGAGCAGAGCACACAUCUGCCGCUAGUGUGGUUUCUGCGUUAUUUCACUCUCAACCUGCACUUUGCGACAGAGUGCGAAAGCAUUUCGGGUCGCAGUGGGACUACACUCAAGACGGUAGUCAACGCGCAGAUCAAGGAGUUUGUACAACUUCAUGGCGACUCUGAAAAGCAGAAACUCGCUCAAGGGAUGGAACAAGACCAAUGGGCGGCACAGGACUUUACAGAAAAGAACCAAGAAAUCUUGGAUAUUAUAUUACAGUGCGAAACCAAGGAUGCGGCCUUGUGGACUGAUGGGAGCAAAGUCUGGAUACACCCUUCGGAGCUCAAUGGUAAGAAUGGUGACGCAGAGAAAACCACUGCACCUAGUGAAUCAACAGGGGAAAAGGAAAACGGGACUGCUGCUGCGGGCAAAGCAAAGGUCCGCGGGGCUGUUAUCGAAGGCGAGACCUACCUUCUUCCGAGCUCUGCUGUUUUGUGCCUUGAGGGCAUUUCCAACUUCUUGCACCUGGCGGUGGCUAUUCCAUCCAUGGCGGCCGACGUGGCGGCGUCAUUGGUUGCUUACUUGCAGCUAUUCAACUCCCGUUGCACCCAGUUGAUCCUCGGCGCGGGCGCGACGCGGUCGGCUGGUCUCAAGAACAUUACCACUAAGCAUUUGGCCAUUGCGUCGCAGGCUCUCGGUUUCGUUGCUACUUUGGUUCCGCACGUCCGCGAGUUUGUUCGUCGCCACGUGCCGGGGGCCGACAAACCUAGCGGGACAGGAAGCGGAAACAACACGACGACUCUUAUUGGCGAGUUUGACAAGGUCAGACGUCUUUACCAGGAGCACCAGAACAGCAUCUACGACAAGCUGGUUGAGAUCAUGUCAGGACGGGCGGCUAUGCACUCCAAAACGAUGCGGACGAUCGAUUGGGACGAGGGUGGCGAGGUGCACCCUUAUAUGGACACGCUAGGCCGCGAAACUUCGACACUACAUCGCAACCUGACCAAAGCUCUGCCUGACAGCACGGUCCGGUUCAUCAUGGCGCCAGUGUUUGCCAGCUACAAGGAGGCAUUUGGAAAGGUGCUCGUGGGGGCGUCAUUACGGACCGAGGAGGGCAGGGAGAGCAUGGUGCGAGACUUUGAAUACUUCCGGCUCAAGCUCGGCAAGAUUGACGGCUUCGGCGACGCGGCAGAUCACUUGCUCGACAUCAUCCGCAAGAAGAAGCUGGAAGGAGGUGGAGAUGCAGGCAAGAAGGACAAUGGGUCUUUGACGGUAGACGAGGGAAUGAGGAGCAAGGGGGAAGAGAGUGGCGGGGAGGCGAGAAAAUCGACAGAGAGCAGGGCAGAAGCUUAGAUUUGAGGGUGCAUAAGAAAGGCCUUUGAUGAUUGAUACGAUCUUUGUACAGCUUAGAGCGUUUGUUGUUUAUAUUCUACGAUGUUGGAC